CGGGCCGUGAGGCGGCUGGCAGCCAUGGCGGAGCGGCGGCGGCCGGCCGCGGUGCUGGGCACCAUGGAGUUCGGGCGCGCCGCGGACCAGGCGGCGAGCGGGGCCAUGCUGCGCGCCUUCCUGCAGCGCGGCCACCGCCAGCUCGACACGGCGCACAUGUACGCUGCCGGCCGCUCUGAGUGCAUCCUGGGCGAGCUGCUGGCCGGGGCCGUGGCGGGCAGCGACACAGUGAAGAUUGCCACCAAGGCCAAUCCAUGGGAGGGGAAGACACUGAAGCCUGCGAGUGUUCGGUCUCAGCUGGAAACAUCCCUUGAGAGAUUACGGAGGAGUACUGUGGAGCUGUUCUACCUUCAUGCCCCUGACCAUGAAACCCCUGUAGAGGAAACACUUCAAGCCUGCAAUGAGCUACACAAGGAGGGAAAGUUUGAGGAGCUGGGUCUCUCAAACUAUGCGGCUUGGGAGGUAGCAGAAAUCUACACCCUCUGCAGAAUCAACAACUGGGUGCUUCCAACUGUGUACCAGGGCAUGUACAAUGCAACCACUCGACAAGUGGAGACGGAGCUGUUACCGUGCCUUAGACAUUAUGGAAUACGGUUCUAUGCCUACAACCCAUUGGCUGGAGGGCUGCUGACAGGGAAGUACAAAUAUGAGGAUAAAGACACGCGCCAACCCACUGGCAGGUUUUUUGGAAAUGACUGGGCACAGGCCUACAGGAACAGGUACUGGAAAAAGCACCAUUUUGAAGCCAUUGCCCUAGUAGAGAAAGCUCUUAAGGAGGCGUAUGGGGCUGACCCGCCCAGUCUCACCUCAGCUGCUUUACGCUGGAUCUACAAUCACUCCCAACUUAAGGGGGAUGUGGGAGAUGCAGUCAUUAUUGGGAUGUCCAACAUGGAUCAGCUGCAGCAGAAUCUCACUUGCAGCGAAGAGGGUCCCCUACUUCCAGCUGUGGUGGAAGCAUUUGAUAAAGCUUGGCACCUCGUUGCACAUGAUUGUCCCAACUACUUCCGCUAGGUCAUGGCGGUAGGAGUGUCUGUGCAGAGAGUGGCAACCAAGUCUCUCCAGGUCUGAAACCACAUCACCCCUCCCAAAAUGACAGAUUAUUUUUCCGGCCUCGUCCUAUGGGUUCUGCCUGAUAGACGCUUAGUGCUGCUGAGUGUUUUUUUCCUACACGAUUGAGAUCUUUCAUGUGAUCAUAAUCUAGCUUGUCUGAAUGCUGGUGGCAUUCAGUUCACAGACCACAACAGUGUCUGACCUUUUUUUCCUCUUUCAAGGCCAAAAUGCCUUGAGUAUCUCUUAACACUGCAGCUCUUGCCAGUCCUAAUCAAUCACACACCAUAUCAUGAUUCAGUGAUAUAAGUAAUUUAAGGAAUGGAACCUAAACCAGUUAAGAGAACUAAAGUGGAAAUGUAACUUGUCUGUCUCCAAUCCGGACAGCGUCUUUGCUGUCAAAAUAAAGCAUUUUCUAACCUGGA